UUCUAUGGCGUCUGGUUUUCUCUAUUGAAGGUGAAGGUCCGCUCAUCUCCGCCAGCAUUCGCUGUCAAUGGCUUUCAGGACUUAUUUUAUUUGAAUGUCUGGGCUUUUAACAGUUUCGUCCAAAGAAACCAAUAAUGGAUAUUCUAUGGAUUUUAUGGAUAAUACCCACCGCUAUAGCUGUAGAAGAGACACUAAUGGACUCCACCACAGCGACAGCUGAGUUGGGCUGGACAGUCUAUCCCGUGUCAGGGUCCAAUGACAACAGCGUGAGUUGGGAGGAGGUAAGUGGAUACGAUGAGAACAUGAACACCAUCCGCACCUACCAGGUGUGCAACGUGUUCGACAACAACCAGAACAACUGGGUCCGCACCAAGUACAUCCGGCGCCGGGGUGCACAGCGGAUCCACGUGGAGAUGAAGUUCUCCGUGCGAGACUGCAGCUCCAUCCCCAACGUGCCCGGCUCCUGUAAAGAGACUUUUAACCUGUACUACUAUGAGUCAGACUCGGACACGGCCAACAAGGUGUCCCCGCCAUGGAUGGAGAACCCUUGGAUCAAGGUGGACACCAUCGCGGCCGAUGAGAGCUUCUCCCAGGUCGACCUUGGCGGCCGGGUGAUGAAGAUCAACACAGAGGUGCGGAGCUUCGGCCCCGUGUCCAAACAUGGAUUCUACCUGGCCUUCCAGGAUUACGGCGGCUGCAUGUCCCUCAUCGCCGUGCGUGUCUUCUACAGGAAGUGUCCCCGCGUCAUCCAGAAUGGAGCUGUGUUUCAGGAGACCCUGUCUGGGGCAGAGAGCACCUCUCUGGUGGCAGCACGGGGUGUGUGUAUCUCCAACGGGGAGGAGGUGGACGUGCCCAUCAAACUGUACUGCAACGGGGAUGGGGAGUGGAUGGUGCCCAUCGGGCGCUGCAUGUGCAAGGCUGGCCACGAGGCUGUGGAGAACGGGACUGUGUGUAGAGCUUGUCCAUCGGGCUUCUUCAAGCCUAUACAGGGUGAUGUAUCCUGCAUGCAGUGUCCAAUCAACAGCCGCACCACCAACGAAGGAGCCACUAACUGUGUGUGCCGCAACGGUUACUAUCGCACUGACUCAGAUCCCUUCCAGAUGCCGUGCACAACGGUGCCAUCGGCUCCUCAGAACGUUCUGUCUAUCGUGAAUGAGACGUCUCUGAUACUGGAGUGGCAGCCUCCUAGGGAGUCAGGUGGCCGUGAGGACGUGGUCUUCAACAUCAUCUGUAAGAGCUGUGGAGGGGGCCGGGGAGGCUGCACGCGCUGUGGGGACAAUGUCCAGUUUGUACCCCGCCAGCUGGGUCUGACAGAGCCACGUGUUUACAUCAGUGACCUGCUGGCGCACACACAGUACACCUUUGAGGUGCAGGCCGUCAAUGGGGUCUCCGAGCAGAGCCCCUACUCACCACAGUACUCCUCCGUCAACAUCACAACCAACCAGGCUGCUCCGUCGACAGUGUCCAUCAUGCACCAGAUCAGUCGUACCGUGGACAGCAUCACUCUGUCCUGGUCUCAACCAGACCAGCCCAAUGGAGUCAUUCUGGACUAUGAACUGCAGUACUAUGAGAAGGACCAGACAGAGUACAACUCAACCAUCAUAAAGAGCCAGACCAAUACAGUGGUCAUCCGCGGUCUCAAACCAGGCGCGAUCUAUGUGUUCCUGGUUCGCGCCAGGACCGUGGCCGGAUUUGGCCGCUACAGCGGCAAGCUCUACUUCCAAACCAUGACUGAGGAGGAGUACAACACCAGCAUUCAGGAGAAACUGCCUCUUAUCAUCGGCUCUGCAGCUGCAGGUCUGGUCUUCCUCAUCGCAGUGGUUGUCAUUGUCAUCGUCUGCAACCGGAGGCGUGGCUUUGACCGAGCAGACUCAGAGUACACAGACAAGCUGCAGCACUACACCAGCGGCCACAUGACUCCAGGAAUGAAGAUAUAUAUCGAUCCGUUUACAUAUGAGGACCCCAACGAGGCUGUGAGGGAGUUUGCUAAGGAGAUUGACAUCUCUUUUGUAAAGAUUGAGCAAGUCAUUGGCGCAGGAGAGUUCGGGGAGGUGUGCAGUGGAAACCUGAGGCUCCCAGGCAAGAGGGAGAUGUUUGUGGCCAUCAAGACGCUGAAGUCGGGCUACACAGAGAAGCAGAGACGGGACUUCCUGUCUGAAGCGUCCAUCAUGGGUCAGUUUGACCACCCGAAUGUGAUCCACCUGGAGGGUGUGGUCACCAAGAGCGCCCCCGUCAUGAUCAUCACUGAGUUCAUGGAGAACGGAUCACUGGACUCCUUCCUCAGACAAAACGACGGUCAGUUCACGGUGAUCCAGCUGGUGGGCAUGCUGCGUGGCAUCGCCUCUGGCAUGAAGUACCUGGCCGACAUGAACUACGUCCACCGCGACCUAGCCGCACGCAACAUCCUGGUCAACAGCAACUUGGUCUGCAAGGUGUCUGACUUCGGCCUGUCCCGUUUUCUGGAGGACGACACGUCAGACCCCACCUACACCAGCGCCCUGGGAGGGAAGAUCCCUAUCCGAUGGACAGCCCCUGAAGCCAUCCAAUACAGGAAGUUCACAUCCGCCAGUGAUGUCUGGAGCUAUGGCAUCGUCAUGUGGGAAGUCAUGUCCUAUGGAGAGAGACCUUACUGGGACAUGACCAAUCAAGACAGCCUCAUAGCAACCCUUAGAGAUCUGUAUCUCCCCCUGCAGGUGAUCAAUGCCAUAGAGCAGGACUACCGGCUGCCCCCUCCCAUGGACUGCCCUAGUGCCCUGCACCAGCUCAUGCUGGACUGCUGGCAGAAGGACCGUAACAACCGGCCGAAGUUCAGCCAAAUUGUCAACAACCUGGACAAGAUGAUCCGCAACCCCAACAGUCUGAAGGCCAUGACCCCGCUGUCUUCAGGUGUCCAUCUUCCUCUCCUGGACCGCAGUGUUCCAGACUUCUCCAGCUUCAGCACAGUGGACGAGUGGCUGGAUGCCAUCAAGAUGGGCCAGUACAAAGAAAACUUUGCCAACGCUGACUUCACCAGCUUUGAUGUGGUUUCCCAGAUGACGAUGGAUGACAUCCUGAGUGUGGGUGUAACGUUAGCAGGCCACCAGAAGAAGAUCCUGAACAGUGUGCAGAUGAUGCGUGCCUCCAUGAACCAGAUCCAGUCUGUGGAAGUUUGACCAUCCAGAGUGGAGUGGAGGAGAGCAGAGCAGAGGAGAGGGGAUUGGGAUGCAGGACCCUGGGUGCACGGAUGGAGUGGAUAUGUUUUUGCUUGACCGUGAACCUGGGUUUCCUACCAGACUACCGUCCAUCCCUGGUCCCCCCUUCCAAUCCCUCUCCUGUCCUCCUCUAUGCCCUCAUCCAAAGUCCCCUCAACCUUCGGGAUCAGCUUUGGAAGGUUGUGGCCAGCAUGUCUAAAUGACCAGACAUCAAUCAACGUGGCUCACAACCGUCCAUCUUGGAACCAGGAUCAUGAGAGGUUACUGACCAGAGACACAUUUCUACUAGCAUCUUCCACCCAUGUUUUUAUUUUAUUUACGUUGAACUUUUACGUUUGUUUUAAGAAUUUUGUAAAGAAUUUUGUAAAGAAAAAAAAGUUAAGAACUCUAGGAGUCUAUAGAUGGUAUACAAUUGUAAGCUAGGUGAAAUGACUAGAAAGGCUACCCUUUAAAAAGGGCCACAGACAAGAAGACAAUGAAAACUGGGUGAUUUAAGACCAACACUCUCAAAAUUAAUCAGAUAUAUUCUUUGUAAACUAGGUGAACUGACUUCAGAAACAGAAAUGCAACAUAAAUAUUUGCUGCCUCCCUGAAGGCAAACAGCAGAAGAGACUGAGGAACUUGAUCUAUUCCCGUGUCUUUGAUUUGGGACGUAAUAUAAGUGUGAGCACCAUGAAAUGGACCUGGCAGAAACUACUGACAUGAACAAAUAAAAGACAUUCAGUUAUCUACCAAUUUAAAAGUAAAGAAAUGUAAACAAAAAUACAUUUUCUCAUAUCAAGUAAUUUCCUUUUCUGUGUGAAAAUUGUGAUGAAGAUUCUCUCUCACCAUGCUUCCUCUCACCAUGGGAAAAUUUAUAUUUUUUCAAUAUUAACAUAACCUGCCAAAUGGAACAUCGUCCCUGUGUACCUCAGAUGAUGUCAUGAUGACGUCAAGAUCCUGUACACAUCAGAUGCACAUGACAUUGGGACUGUGAUGUGAUCACUAUGAGCCGGACAUAGUUACUAAUACCUGGAAGUGAUGGAUUUACAUUUUUCUUAGGGUGACUAUAGGGAGGUUUUUAUCUGUUGUUAUUAUUAUUUGAUUUUUUGGGGCAAAAUGUUAGUUGUGGACUUUGAAGAAUCAGUGUAAUAAGCAGCAAACAUACAGUACUUCCUCCAUGGAUGUAUAGUGUUUACGUAGAAGGAGUGCAAGGAGUGCACAUAUGUUUUGGUCCUCACAUUGUCUUGAGGUUUCCCUGUGUUUUCAGCUUCACCGUGUGUUUGUUUGUGUGUGUAUGCGUGCGUGCCUGGAGCAUGGGUGUAUAUGUGUGUUUGUGUCUGCGUGCGUGUCUGGUGCAUGGGUGUAUAUGUGUGUUUGUGUCUGCGUGCGUGUCUGGUGCAUGGGUGUAUAUGUGUGUUUGUGUCUGCGUGCGUGUCUGGUGCAUGGGUGUAUAUGUGUGUGUGUGUAUGCGUGCGUGUCUGGUGCAUGGGUGUAUAUGUGUGUUUGUGUCUGCGUGCGUGUCUGGUGCAUGGGUGUAUAUGUGUGUUUGUGUAUGCGUGCGUGUCUGGUGCAUGGGUGUAUAUGUGUGUUUGUGUCUGCGUGCGUGUCUGGUGCAUGGGUGUAUAUGUGUGUUUGUGUCUGCGUGCGUGUCUGGUGCAUGGGUGUAUAUGUGUGUUUGUGUCUGCGUGCGUGUCUGGUGCAUGGGUGUAUAUGUGUGUGUGUGUGUAUGUGUGAGUGUCUGGUGCAUGGGUGUAUAUGUGUGUGUGUGUAUGCGUGCGUGUCUGGUGCAUGGGUGUAUAUGUGUGUGUGUGUCUGUGUGAGUGUCUGGUGCAUGGGUGUAUAUGUGUGUGUGUGUCUGCGUGCGUGCGUGUCUGGUGCAUGGGUGUAUAUGUGUGUGUCUGUGUGAGUGUCUGGUGCAUGGGUGUAUAUGUGUGUGUGUGUGUAUGCGUGCGUGUCUGGUGUAUAUGUGUGUGUGUGUCUGUGUGAGUGUCUGGUGCAUGGGUGUAUAUGUGUGUGUGUGUAUGCGUGCGUGCGUGUUGCUAAAUGUGCUUGGUGGUACAAAGCAACGGCUUUGUACCACCGAGGGGGUAGUGUUUGAUAGCAUGCUGAGUUAAUGAUUGAUUUCACAGAGCUUUGAUUUGUUACAAUUUACAAAAUAUAAUGCGCUUACAUUAUAUUUAGCUUUUUUCUUCCAAAUUGUUUUCCUUUUAAAAUAAUUUUACAUUGAAGUGUUUGGGUUUUAACACCCAAACAUUGGUACGGUCACGGACAAAUCUUUUCACAACAGGGCAGUAACAUUAGCAUGGGAUAGUGGAUUAUUUUACGCAUAUUUGUAUUAUUAUUGUACAUUGUGGAUGAUUGACAGCUUUUCCAAGUAGUCUCUUGGCAGGGUAUGUGAACGCAGAUCAUACUGGACAAUGGAUGACUAUCUGGAUCUUCCAUGCUCUUUUGGAAUUUUAGGACAUCAUUAUUAUGUUGGUGCUCACAAAUUGUAGAUAACUGGAGUCCUUGAGACAUCUACUUUCAUUUUAUAGAUACGUAUUGCAUUUACUGUAUGGCUUCUGUGAAAAACUGCCUGGUGAACGGAGAGCUGUCUAUCAUUGGCUUUGUUGUUGUGGCCGAUGUGUUGUUUGAGGGGUUAGGGAGCCUGAUUGGUCUGUGCUAGUUAAAAUCCAUGGAUUCCCCAGAGAUGGUAAAACACGGAGUUUACAUCACUACUGCAGAGCUCCUAAUGGGCAGAUCCACUGAGACAGGCUCAGUACUCAAUACAGACUGAGGAGCCAGACAUGGAGCUCCAGCUGGUCAGACAUGUCCAUUCCUAGUGGGAGUCCACUGCCUGAUCACAGCCCCACUGGCCAGACAGUGGUUCCCUCCAUCUCUCCUCAGAGCUAAACACAUGCCUCAGAUCUACCACUCUUCUCCUCCCACUGUUCUCUGUGCUCUGCUUUUCCAGAUCCAUUGCUUUGUGACUCUGCAUGUUGUCAUGUUGACAGACCAGACUGAAUUUAUGUAGAUAACACACAACCUGUGGGCCCCGUACUGGUUUCACAGCAGGUGGCUAUGUAAGCAGAGGUUCUUCCACAAAAGGUCAUUCUUCCAUAUACAUCAUCAGGUGUCCGCUGUCCGUUUUAAGGCACUUUGCUGUCUGAGCAGAACAGGAGAGGUGUCCUAUGUAGGCCUUAGCAUUAGACCCCUAAACACAGAAUGCGUGAAAUCCUGCCUUUGCUCUCGUCUGUCAGUUAGUCCCCAUUUCAUUCCACCCACUAACCCACAUAGCCGUCCAGAGUCUUAAUAAACGUGGGCAGGAGCAUUGAGGUUUUGAUCCAGCUUCUGUAAUAUCAUCCCCCCUUUAGUUUUCCGUCAACAUUUCUGUGCGUCACCAUGCAUAUUCCCAUGCAGACUCCAUGACAGAUGAAACAGCAGGAAGUGCAUCACUCUAUUAGUCACUGCCCAGAUUAAAAGGAGCAGCGAUUCUGUGACCCAACUGUCACUGAUGCGACCGUGCAGUUUCCUUUCAAAAAGAGCUCACAAAGUACUUUCUUCCUUUCCAUUGCACGACACUUUAAUAUUUAAGGGCACCUCAGUGAUAUUCAGUUAAGCCCAGGCAGCCUGAGUCAGUCUUCCCAAGAUAUAGACAGAUAUCCCACUGUCAGAACAAGCAGUGGCAAUAUAUGUUCAAGAAAGCAGGCCCUGCAGCACAGCACUAGUAUUUGUGCUGAAGACGGUGAUAGUCAUAGGAAGGUGAUUAAGGUGAUUAUCAAGUGAUUAAAAGAGCGGUGUGUAAACAAAGUGUGCUUCCGUGUGACGUUCAAUCAAAAUACAUUACUAGGACAUGUUGUUAGGAUGAGAUGAACUAAAACAUUCAGUAAUGGUGGACUCGUAUUUAGAGUGAUAGGAACAUAAAUAUAGGUAGUAAUAAAGUGGUUUUCUUUUAUUGCAUCGCUCUUGGAAGCGUAGGUUUGGUGAGGUACUUCUGUUCAGAGCAGCUAGAUUCAUAAGGAGUUGAGUCAACACAUGUUUAUUGGUUGCACAGUGUGGGGCCAUGGUGACUGCUGAAAGCACUGUGUAAUGUAUUUAUUUAUUCUGCCUCGGAACCUAAUGGCACAAAGAAACCCUGUUUAUAUACCGAUAGUUCAUCCAGAGCUAUCCUUUGCUAUUGGCCACAGAAAAAGCUGUCAUCCCUCUUUCUUUUAUUUUUAAGACAUUGAUAGCCUCCUUUUAAGAAAAGUACAGCUCAGUGGUACUGGUUUCAUAGCCCCGCCCUUCUGAUAAAACCCUUUGGCACAGUCGCCCUAUUGGCCUGUUGUAAUGGACCUAUUGUAAGUGAUUGAUCAAUCUGGUGCGAUUAUGAUGGGUUUAGUUCAGAGAAGAUUAUUCCCACAUUGUAACGUUUUUUUAGACUUUGCUGUGUGAAUCCAUGAUGGUCAUUAUCUCACUGGAUAGUUCUCUCUGGUGUACAAUGCAAGUGUUUAAAGCACCACCCUAAGUACUGUAAACGGGUUACUUUAUACAUAGAUUGCAUCAAGGACAUUUUUGCAUUGGUGAGAUUUUGCCAUUGGUGAGAUUUUGCAGCUCGUUGAAGACGAGUAUAAGCUAAAAUAGAAUAAAAACCACACAUCGCUUUUUGUUGAAUGAUAGUGUAUUUUUUUCUCCCCCAAGACCACUGAAAUAACAGACAUUUUAAAGACAGUAAAUGUACACUUCUUCAAAGCACUUAUCGGUGUUUCUAUGUUUACAUUUUUCAUGAGGAAGAAAAUGUCUCAAACGUCUGCUCCGUUAAUAAAAAAAAUAUAACAUUCGGCUACCAUCGUUGCAUAUUAUUUAACAGUGCAGGGCAUAUACUUUGUUCUCUCCUUUUUCAAUGUCCAGGCUCAUGAGACAGAUGGAGGAAUGAUGUCUAAAGUGCAUAAUAAUGAUAUAAUAGCAUUGAGACCAGAAUACAUCUGUUUGUUACAGUAAGGGUCUUUGUUUGGAAUCUCAGAUAACUUGCUAGUAUCACAGAACUCUGUCCUCUGCUGUUUUGUACAUCUAAAACUCUGGUCUUUGUUUCAAUGGCUUGUAUCUGCAGAUACUGUUGAUGUUUUACUGUCAAUGUCAUGAUAAGUAAUACAUAACAAUCCCCCCUCUUUUAUUUAUGAAUCAAAACAAAACCAAUGUAUCUGAGAUGUUCUUUCAAUGCACUGUGGACGCAAAGAACAAUUUCCAUUCGAUGUUCCAAAGGACGGACGGAAACCGUUAUGUCUCAGUGUUAGAAUGACAUGACAGUGUGCAUAAACACAAGCUGUGCCUGCUCAUACUCGUUGGUCUGUGUUUGUGCACCAUCCAAAUAUGUCUCGAGCAGCACUCUGCCUGCCUGUCUUUGUGGCAGUCAGUUCAGAGUGUAUAGAAAAUGGCUCCUGUGGAUAUCUCUUUUGUGUAAAGCGUUAGAGCUCCCUCUGCUGACACAGUGGCUAAUAGCAGUCUAGUUGUGACAAAUGUCCUUAUGUUCCUUGAGUUGUCUUAUCCCCCAACUUCCCCCUUCCACCCCUAUCUCCCCACCUCUCUGGCUGUUGGUGAAGACAGGCUGGGGAUGGCCCUGUCUCCCCUGGCCUGUUGUAGCCCUCGUAGACCAGUGCCGGCCCUGACCACUGUGACUGAUGUGGGAGGUCCUGUAUUUCUGUAUAAAUGUACAUUGACUGUAAUCCUGUGAAUGAUGUAACAAUUUCAUUAUUUGUAAUAUUGUUAUUGGUUUUAUUUUCUAAAACGGAAAGCCCAACUCGACUCUCCUCAAUAAAAAAUGAGAUCUGUCAUACCACUCUA